UUCUUAAUGAUCCGGCGUAACAAGACCACCAUCUUCACAGAUGCUAAGGAGUCCACCACAGUCUACGAACUCAAGCGUAUAGUAGAGGGGAUUCUAAAGAGACCACCUGAAGACCAGCGGCUAUACAAAGACGACCAGUUGCUAGAAGACUGCAAAACUCUCGGGGACAGCGGCUUCACCAACCAGACCGCCAGACCUCAAGCGCCGGCUACCGUCGGUCUAGCCAUCCGAGUCGGCGACGAGAUGUUUGAGCAGCUGCACAUCGAGGCCUUCUCCAGCCCCCCGGAACUCCCCGAUGUGAUGAAACCUCAGGACUCGGGCAGCACCGCCAACGAGCAGGCCGUGCAGUGA